AUGUUUAGAAGAUUAAUAUCAGGUGCUAAGUGCUUAUCACCCAAAGCAAUUAGGGAUAUUAUUACUGCAAAGGGUACAGGAAAUGCAUUACCGAUAUUAGCUUUAAAAUAUAAUGAAACAUGA